AUGGCGAAAAUCCGUAGAGAAAAAAUUUGGCGCUGGCGUUGCCAAUGGAGUAUAGUGACGAUAGCAGCGAUAGCUCUGAUCAUCUACAAUGCCGCUGCAAACGUGUGGCUGUUGCGGCCUCCGUCGUGCCCCGUACAGUCCACUCCACCCCCCACGGAGCCGCCAACGUGCGAGCCCUGCAUCGACACUGCACCUAACGCCGUACUCGACGACGAUCCGAUAGGCCGCAUAGACCUCCGCCUCGGCCGCUGGGACGGGAGUCGCUCCUACAGAAUGUUUGACUACGCUGCCACUGGGGACAUGUACGCCGAGUUAUCGACAAGCCGCCGCGUCUGCUUGGCCACACAAAGCUCGAUAGAGAGAUUGCACGAGCUUUUACGAAUAGCCGCUCACUGGUCAGGACCUAUAUCUGUAGCGGUGUUCGUCGCCGGCGAUGAAUUGAGACUUCUGAGAGCAUUUGCGACAUGGUUGUUCAGAUGCCAGCCGGAAGUGUAUUCCCGGCUAGCGAUACAUGUCGCAACACCUGCGGAAAGACCAGGGGUUCACGGGUACGCCGCAUCAUGGAAUAAGGGAUGUGAUAUCAAACCCUUGCCGGGAGAAAGACGGGCGGACACGGUCGCUUGGCGGGCGAGGCACCCGUACCCACAAAAUCACCUGCGAAAUCUGGCUAGGAGGAACUGUCAUACUCCUUAUGUUUUCUUAGUGGAUGUAGAUAUUGUGCCCUCAAAAGGGAUGUCAGAAGCGCUUGACAAUUUCUUGGCGACAGCACCGCGGUGUCCUCUGUGUGCGUAUGUCGUGCCCACGUAUGAGCUGGACAAGAGGGUUGCAAACUUCCCGGCUAAUAAAUCGGAACUGCUGAGACUGUCGAAGAAUAAGUUAGCUAUACCGUUUCAUAGAAAAGUUUUUAUUUACAACCAGUACGCUUCAAACUUCUCCAGAUGGGAGGCUAACGGCGGAAACGAGACCACGGAGACCCACGUGAGCCACAACGUGACCAACUUCGAGCUCCUGUACGAGCCGUUCUACGUGGCGCCCGACACCGUGCCCGCGCACGACGAGCGCUUCCUGGGCUAUGGGUUCACUAGGAAUACACAGGUAACAUAUAGUCUACGAAUACACAGGUAACAGUUUAUCCUUGUC